AUGAAUGAAACAAAGAAGAACAUCUUUCUGCUAUCCUUCAUAUUGAUAUUAGCCAAUUUAGUUCAAAGUGAUGAACUAUUAUUCGCACAACUGGAACGUGCAAUUGUCGACGACGGAAAUAUUGUAUUAACAGCAUCAGCUGAUGUUCAAUGCAAUGCGACUUGUCUUAAUAGUAGCACAUGUGAAGUCAAAGCAAACUUCUGUUAUAUCGAAGGAGAAUGCUAUUCAGAAAAUGAAACUCGUUCGAAUAGUAGCUUGACGUGCUUACAAUGUUUACCGGAAAAAAAUCAAACUUCUUGGUCUAUGAAACCCAGCUGUUUACCAAAUUCAAUUUGCUCCAAUCUCACACUUCUCCUACAAAAUGUCUGUCAUAAUAAAAACAUGAUUCUGGACUUUCAUGUCAACCACGAAGCAGCAAUUACUAAGUAUUACGAUUUUCAAGGAUGCAAUCAAAAGGAUAGGCAAUGUCAAGCGGGCUUCUUUUUUAAUGAUACGAAUCCACAACCUCUGGUUUGUUGUCCUGGAUUUUUUUGUCCUGAAGGGCAACGAUGCAUGAUCCCAUGUCGACGAGGCGCCUACUGUCCUUCUCCACUAACACCUAGCAAUGGAAUUUGCGUAGCUCCCGUAUCAAAAUGUCCACAACAUCAAAUGAAAGACUAUGAAUAUUACGGAUGUGGUGGCUCAGCGAAAGAGAGCUACUGCCCGGCGCGAUCGUAUUGUAAAUCUCCUGCCGAACGACAAGCAUGUGUCAACGAUAGUAGCUAUUGUCCGAUGGGAGUUGACAAAGAACUAUCGUGUCCACCCGGUUUUACUUGUAUAGAUGGAGUAGCACGAAGAACACGACUCUUAGUCAAAGUUGUUAUUACUGUGCUCUGUGUCGUCUUAGGUUUGACGAUUUGUGCUGUACUUUUCCAAUGGCUUGCGCUAAAAAAGAAACUUUUUGGACAACAUGGAAUUAUAGAUCCUCCAGGUGUAAGUGAUUAUUUCCGAGUACGUCUCAAUCAUCAUAAAACGAGUCAACACAUUCAACUUCACAUUCAUUUAAAUCGAGCGAAACUACGCAAUGUUACUCGUUUUAAUUCCGAACUCAACGAAGGUUUUACUGGCCGAAUAGGUGCUGGAAAAAUAACAGCUCUUAUGGGUGGUUCAGGUUGCGGCAAAAGUAGUCUGUUAGAGACAAUUCAUGGUCGUCGAAGGUUACAACGCGAUGGAUAUAUCACAUUCGCAGAAUACGAGCCACUCUCCAGUGAACUUACCGAUUACAUUGGUUACGUUCCCCAAGCUGAUAUCAUGCAUAAUGAUCUAACAGUCUUUGAAACUGUCUACUAUUCAGCGCGAGCAAGACGACUGAACGAUCCGAGCCGAGUUAUCAAAAAUGACGUAUGUUUCGUUUUACAGAAGUUAGGAUUACAGAUCAUGCACAACAAUUUGACGAAGAAUCUUUCUGGAGGUCAAAGAAAACGGGUGAAUGUAGCCAUGGAAGUUGCUGCUUGUCCUAAAGUGUUGCUGUUGGACGAACCAACAUCGGGCUUGGACACUGCGUCAUGUGAUGAUCUAUUCGAUCUUCUCGAACUAAUCAAAUAUAGUGCAGCUGGACCGGUUACUAUCAUUACUGUUAUUCAUCAACCAAGUCAAGAGUUAUUCGAAAAAAUCGAUGAUAUCUUCUUUCUAACUCCGUUAUGCUGUUUAGCGUAUCAAGGACCACGUCAUCAAGCUAAGGAGUUCUUGAAACAGAAACUCUUCGAAGAUCUUAACCGAUGUCCUACUCCGAGACAUAAUGAUUGUGACACGUGUUUUAUCAUGUUAACGAAAGCACAAGAACAUAUCGAGAAUCAUUUUGUUGAAGAUGAGAGAGUGCAUCAACCGUUGACGACAUAUCCCAUACUCAAACGAAUUUUCCUUCCAUUCUUCUAUGUUUUAUCACGCUGUGUUCGACAAAUCUACAUCCGUGGUGCCAUUGUCGAAGCUUUGUAUCUAUUAGCUUAUUUCGUGUUAGGCACGUGCAUCGGUUAUCUAUUCGAAAAUGCUCAACAAGACGAAUGUGAUAUAAAAAGUUUACCAACAAUCUAUUUUCUCCUCAGUUUAGCAUUCGGGAUUUUAACUUGCAUCUCCAGUCAACGUCUGUUCGGAGUAGAGAUCACCGAUCAAACAUUCGAACGAGAAAGUCGCAACUACUAUCAUCCCUUUCAAUAUUGGCUAGCGAAAAGUUUGGUCGACAUUAUUCGAUUGGUCCUAUAUCCUCUUUUGUUUCUGAGUAUGAUGUACAUCGAAAUUGUCCCGAGAGGAUCAUUUGCAUACUAUCUCGCUAUUCUGGUACUACUUUCAUUUGUUUGCUCCGGCAUUGGACAGUUGGCUUCGGUUAUUUUUAGUCGAACUGAAUACGCUUACCUGGCUGGAACAAUUGUGGCACUUCUCUCCUGUCUUCUAUCAGGUUUCAGUCCACCCAAAGCAGACUUGGGACGUAUGGGUUUCAUCACCACUAUAUCCUUUUCGCGUCAUGUUCAAAACUCGUUGUUUCACCAUGAAACUAGUCUCUAUGUCACAAAUGGGACGGAUAGAACGUACAUAUGGUCGGUUCAGAUCGAAAGUCUUCGAAAGCACUAUUCGUUCGAAGAUAACGAACACCCUUACCUUUGGCUUCUUUGUAUUGGCUUGUUCUUGCGCCUUUUAACACUUCUUUUUCUCUAUGGCAAAUCUGAAUACCGAUCCAAGUUUCGCUUUCACGUCACACAUGCAGUUCCAUUUCUAACAAGUCUAUUCAGCUGCCGCCAAUGUCGGAAGCGUUCGCCUGCAAGAGCCUAUGCAAAACCGCAGCAGCUACAAAUAUUUAGCUACCAACAGGCCUAUCGCAAUAUAUUUUGA